AUGGUCUCUUCAGAGGCGAAAGAGCGAGACAUUGUGGAGCGGGGAGUGUCCGUAACGUGGGAUCAAAUCGCGGACCUGAAGGACGCCAAGCAGCUUCUUCAGGAGGCGGUUGUUCUUCCCUUGUGGAUGCCCGACUACUUCAAGGGAAUCCGCCGCCCCUGGAAAGGCGUCUUGAUGUUCGGCCCUCCCGGAACGGGGAAGACGAUGCUCGCCAAGGCCGUCGCGGCCGAGUGCAAGACCACGUUUUUCAACGUUAGCGCCUCUACGCUCGGCUCCAAGUACCGCGGAGAGUCCGAGAAGAUGGUCCGCGUCCUGUUCGAGAUGGCCCGCUACUACGCGCCAAGCACGAUUUUCUUCGACGAGAUCGACUCGUUGGCGGGAUCACGGGGCAGCGACGGUGAGCACGAGGCGAGUAGGCGCGUCAAGACCGAGCUGAUGGUGCAAAUGGACGGCGUUACAGGAGGGGGCGGCGGGGACGGGUCAUCGCCAGAUGACCAAGGGUCCGAUGAAGCCGGGGGUGGUGGGGGUGGGGGCGGCAAUGGGGAUGGCGGUGGUGAUGGAGACUCAGGGCAAGGGGGGGGCGCCAGCUCCAAGACCGUGAUUGUGUUGGCGGCAACAAACACACCGUGGUCGUUGGACGAAGCCCUCAGGAGGCGAGUGCAAAGACGACUAGAAAAGCGCAUCUACAUCCCCCUGCCGACCGAAGUUGGCCGCAAGGAGCUCUUCCGCAUCAACCUUGGCGAUGUCGAGGUCGACGACGACGUUGAUCUAGACGCGUUGGCCGGUCUCACGGAUGGUUACAGCGGCGCGGACGUCGCCAUAGUCUGCCGCGACGCCGCCAUGAUGUCGGUAAGGAGGGUAAUGAAGGGGGCCCUCGAAAGGGGGCUUUCCGGACCGGAGAUACAAAAGCACAUCAUGGAAAUGAAGGACGAACUCGCGGCCGCUGUCACCAUGGAAGACUUCCGAUCGUCUUUGCGCAAGGUGUCCAAGUCAGUGGGGCAAGCGGAUCUCGACAAGUACGCCGAGUGGAUGAAAGAGUUCGGAUCAGCUUAG